CCUUGAGAGGAACCCCAGUCUGGACCAAGAGGAGCCAGAACCUCCACAGAUUAAAGAGGAGGAGGAGCACUGCAUCGGUCUGGAAGUAGAGCAGCUUGUACUGAAGCAGGAGGAUCAAGAUAACCUUUUGUUGAAUCCUACUUUCAAGGAAAGUGAUCACAGUGAACCAGAACCAAGUAACCACCAGCUCCUCUCCCACAGCUCAGCUCAGUGCCAAGAUCUCAACGGAGGCCAGCAUGGAAACUCAAAAUCAGUUAGUAAUGCAGAGCAGGCAUCAGAAAAGGGACAUAAUGUCAUCACAAGAGCAAAAGGGAGCACAAGUCCCAGUAACCUUGCAUGUAGCACUACCAUGUCAAAGAUUGUGCAGAAUAUCUGCAAGAGUAAAAAGGUUGUCCAGUGUGACACUUGUGGAAAAGUCUUUAAGUGGAAGUCAGAAUUAAAUGGACAUCUGAAGGUGCACACAGAUGAGAGGCCACAUCUUUGCAAAACCUGUGGAAAGAGAUUUCGUUACAAGUCAGCACUAGAAAAGCAUUUUAGGGUCCACACAGGGGAGAAAAUGUAUUCUUGCAAAUUGUGUGAAAAAAGUUUCACAUUAAGCACAAAUUUGAAGGUCCACGAGAGAACACACACGGGCGAGAGACCUUUUUCUUGCAAAACUUGUGGGAGAAGUUUUAGCCAGAGAACAACCCUUCUGGAUCACGAGAGAACACACACGGGCGAGAGACGUUUUUCUUGCAAAACUUGUGGGAGAAGUUUUACAACUAAAAUGAACCUGCAGGUCCACGAGAGAACACACACGGGCGAGAAGCCUUUUUCUUGCGAAACUUGUGGGAGAAGUUUUAGCCAGAGAACUUCCCUUCUGGAUCACGAGAGAACACACACUGGCGAGAGACCUUUUUCUUGCAAAACUUGUGGGAGAAGUUUUACAACUAAAAUGAACCUGCAGGUCCACGAGAGAACACACACGGGCGAGAAGCCUUUUUCUUGCAAAACUUGUGGGAGAAGUUUUAGCCAGAGAUCUACCCUGAAGGGACACGAGAGAACGCACACGGGCGAGAAAGCUUUUUUUUGCCAAACUUGUGGGAAAAGUUUUACACUUGGAUGUAGGUUGAAAGUCCACAUGAGAAGCCAUAAAGGGGAGGAGUCGUAUCCAUGUACAACUUGUGGGGAAAGAUUUGUUAUCAAAUCAAUUCUAACCAAACAUUUAAUGACCCACACAUAGCAAAACUGAUAUUUUUGUAAAAUAUUGUAAAGAUCUCUCACUUGCCAGUUUAUACAAAGUCCACAGGAGAAUACAUCCAGUUGAGAAGCCACACCAUGGCAACAGGAGAGGGAUAAUAUUUGCUCAAGCACAGUGUUAAUUUCGUUGACGAAGACGAUGACGAAAUAUAUUCGUUAACAACCUUUUUUCCAUGACGAAGACGAGACGAAGACGUAACGAAAACGAAACUUUGAAAAUAAAAACUAUGACGAAAUCUAUUUUAAUUUUCGUUGACGAGACGAGACUAGACGAAAAUGUUGGUGGUUGACUAAGUCACAAUAAUUUUUAAAACAUCAUCGUAUCAGGCCGUCAUGAAGUAUCAGUAGCGGGCGAGUGAAUCUGUGUGUGUGUGUGUGUGUGUGUGUGUGUGUGCCUGUGCGCUCCCAGAUAGCGCUCCGGUCCGUAGCUCCGCUCCCCGCCUCGCGCACUCGCUCAGAGAGACACAGUGAAAGCAGAGCGCGUUCGCGUGGAGCAGCCUCUCAGUGACCGACUGCUUCUUAACUAUGGAAACAGUGAAAACCAGAGUUUCUAUGGUCUCAGCUGCUCAGAGAUCAGCGCCGCAGCUUCUUCAUCAGAGCAGAAGCUGCAGUUGGUUUGUACCGAUGUUCAGUUUCUGUGUCCGGCUCCAGUCUGACCUGCUCUCCCUUUUUGUUUUCACAUUUAAAAUUAAAUAUAUAUUUUUAAGCUAUUAGGCUGCAGCUAUAUGUUUUUAUAGAAAAGGAGUUUAAUGUGGCUAUUAAAUGUGACUAAAAGUAGACUAAAAUGGAAUUAGUUUUCGUCGACUAAAACUAGACUAAAAUGUAAUUUGUUUUCGUCGACUAAAACUAGACUAAAAUGGAAUUUUUUUUCGUCGACUAAAACUAGACUAAAACUAAGAAGGAUUAAAAUGACUAAAAGGUGACUAAAACUAAUAUGCAUUUUCGUCAAAAGACUAAGACUAAGACUAAAUCAAAAAUAGCUGCCAAAAUUAACACUGCUCAAGCAUUGUCAAAGAAGUUGUUACUUAGAUAUUUAUUCAUUAAUUAGUGAUACAACAGUUAAGGAAAACAACACUGGAAAUGUUUCCAGGAGACAAAACAAGAGAUGAACCUUGUUGUAGUUCAAUGCUUUAUGAAGUUCCAUCACCACUGAUGAGGAGCAGACUUCAAUAACUUCACAAAGCAGUGAACUACAGCCAGGUUCAUCACUUACAUCUACACAAGAGAGAUUGUGUACAUUUGCAUUAGCUGCAUCUCUGUAACUGAAUGUGGAAAAUAUCCCAUUGAGGAGACAUCACAAUAUCAUUGAUGCAGUACAUGGUCAACAACAUUUGCUGAAGUACCCACGUUUCUGUUCUUGAUGUGAUUGUCAUUGAUAUUUACAUCUGCAAAGGAAGUGAUGUUUUCACCCAUGUCUCUUUGUUUAUUAAUUUAUCAGCCAUUUAUACCAGAUGGUGCAGGAAGGGGACGGGGGUGAGAGAAAUUGAUUGGGUAAAGUAGCAGAUCAAGGAUAUUUUAUUAUCAGUGAAUGUUGAGAGAUGUUGUCAAUGUGUCAGGAAAGACUGUGGAUCAAGAUGUAAAAAUCUGACAUAUUUGUGGUACAGAAAUUUAUAAGAACAAAGUAUGUGGUGCAGAUUAUCAGAUCACUUCCCUUUUCUUUUUCCUAUUACAAAAGAAGAAAAUAUGUUGUUAAUGUGAACACUGUCCUAAAUGACUCACUGUAAAUGGUUAUUCUUAUGUACUACGUGUAUUCAAUACUUCAGUGCACUUGCAGUUUAUUAAAGUUUCUUGAAUUAUUGUGAUUGUAUUUUACGUCUGUCACACGUUGGAUCGGUUUGUCUUUGUGGAAGAAAAUUCCCCUGACUGUGUAUCCCUGCUAUGACCUUGAUAAACAGGAUGGAACCCUUA